GCUCAGAGAGGACACGUGAUUGUGUGAGCAAUUUUUUCAUCUAAUACAUAGUUGAUGCCUGUUUGAUCGAAAAUGUAAAUUUGAUUGCAUUGCUGUCAUCAAUCUGAGUCAUUCAUGAAAGAAAAGCAGACACGCAGCAAAGUUUUUAUAUAGUUCUUAUAGUUAAUAUUAAUUUUUUUAAAACAUUGUCACUCUUGCGUCCGUGUCCGAUGUUGAAUAAUGUCGGUCCAUAAUUAUCAGUAGAGAACAAGAUGAGGACGAAUAGAUUGAAAUUCUUCUGCUAGAGUUGUUGGUGCGGCGGCGUGGAUGAGGCGGUGUGAGUGAUGGAGACUGGACGCCGUGAACGUGCUUGGUAGAAGACGGUGGGAGCGCAAGCGCAUAUCCAGUACCGACCAGUCCCAGGAAGGUUUUUUUCCUCAUCGUCAAUCAUCGAUCACAAUGCUGGCUGUCACGACGAAAAAUCUCAGCAGGAAUGCCGGGACCCGGUCCGUUUCAUCCUCGGUAGCACUGAGAACAUCAUCAUGGCUGACGAGUGCGUUGAGGCCUCGAAGUUCUUGCGCGCUUGGUAGUUGUUCUUCUACCUCUCUUGGGAGUGGUCUGCGCAUAGAGAUAGAGGAGUGGGGCAAGAAGACACAGAGAAUUUCAGCUCCGUCUAGGAUAUCAUCUUUGGACGGUAAUGGUCGUCUAGGAGGACUGACUCAAUUUCAGUCAAGUCGAGCUUUCAGCUCUUCGGGCGAUGGUGAAGAUGGAAAGAAUAAGCCUGGCGAUGAUGGUGCUUCAACUAGCCCUAGUCCGGAGGAAAUAACGCCAUCGAAAGCCGGAGAAACUCAACAAACUUCUGCUGCAGAAAAUAGCGCAUCGUCAGAGCAACAAGCACCUACUGCAUCAACACCAGAGCCACCUGAAGGAAGUGCAGUAGAAGAAGAUGCAAGCGAAGAGCCCUACUGGCGACGGAGCAACGCACCACGACGCCGAGACAGUAGUCGUGGAGGAUGUUAUGAAAAACUGCACCACCAAGAAGACAGCUUGUUUCAAGGGACAAAACAUCACUUUGAAGCAAGGUAAGUAUAGUAGAUAGCACAAAAAGAAAAGCAGCCGGUUAGUUUUCCCUCUAUUCUUAGGUCAGUUUUCCCUCUGUUCUUAGGUUGGUUUUCCCUCUAUUCUUAGGCCAAGUAGGUGUCUUUUUUUGGUGGAAGCUUUCCCUUUCAUAUUUUGUUCGACGUGGCCGAUGCUAAAUUUGGCGGUGGGAUGUCACGUCAGUCAAGUGAGAAAAGCCUUUCCCCUGUCGGCGAACCGCCAAAGCUUCAAUCCAUUUUUUCGAUUCCCAUAAUUAAGACUAUAAGAAAUGCAUCUUACUAGAAGAAAUGCGAUUCCGUUUCUCAAGGGGAAACGGGCGCCAGGAUGCUCUUGGAGAUGGAUUUGCGUUACUAGUUCUAACAUAAGUCGAAAGCCUCUACUGCCUGGACAGUUGAUGCCGAUAUGGAUAAAGAAUCAGAAAGUGGUGAACGAAGUGAACCGCCUGAUCCAAUCGCAGACGCCAUAUUUGGGUCUCUUUCUGCGCAAGGACGAUGAUGCAGGUACAAGUAGCGCCAGUGGGGAUGAGGAGAUCGUGACCGCGACGUCACAACUAUACAUUAUUGCUUACAGUAAUUCAUCCUAAGAGGCGUCUUUGACUCCUUUUCUAAUGGGAAAACGCGCCAAAGAUGCCGCUCAGGAUGAAUAUAAUAAGGAAGGUCUUCUAAAUACAACAUAGGGACGCUGGCCAGUAUUCAACAAGUAGUACCGUUGCAAGCGACGGGGGGAUUGCAGGUAGCUUUAUUUGGAAAUACGUGAUACUCAAGUUCAUCUUUCUUUGAAUCUCCUGUGGCGUAGACGUGCAUAUCCUUGCCCACAAAUAUGUACUUACUUACAUGUAUUCACUUCAUGUCCACUCAUCGCGCGGUCUGGCUAUCAUGCGACUGGCAAGCGUGUGCCUUGUCCUGAAUCAGCAAAAAAUCUAGUCCAUUCGCAAUUACUCCAUGUCCACUCAUCCCUUUCAUUCUCAUUGCGCCAGAUCCACGUCACCGGACAUCGAAGGGUAACCUUAAAGCAAGUUGAAAGCUUUGGACCGCCGAUGGUAACCAAUGUCGCUCAUUGGUCGAAGAAUGCUGAGCAUGCUAGGGGAGAGGACGAGAGCGAAGCGCGUGCCUUGGUCCAAGAAACUGUCAAUUAAGGACUAUUUUUGAACUUUAAGUUACAAAGAAAUAGACUCCGGUAGUACUAGCUGGUAUUUAUUUCUUUGUAAAUGUAAUGGUUUAACAUUGUUUGUGGGCUUGAGGUCCUCCCUCUCUUUGAAGAAAAUAGAAAUAUUCCUUAGCUCCUGCCAUGAGAAGACAAGUCUCUAAGAUUCUAUGGCCAACAAGGUUCUUAGCUCCUGCCACUCUAAUCAAAGCUGAUUCAGGACAUUUUCCGAUUAAAUCCGCAAUUCCGAGAAUUUUUGGAAUAUGCUAUGCGCUCUCCGACGUUCAAGAUUGACCAUCAAAAUCCAGGAAGACUCGCGGAUUUCGGAAGUAUUAUUUUAAUAAUUACGACAAGCAUUCUUGUUGCUUCUCCCCACCUCAGCCGCAAUGAAGUACAACCACAAGGACCGUUCUCUUCGCCUUAGCCACAAAAUCACCCUCCUCCCCACUUCAGCCACGAUGCUGUCUGCGUCGAAGGAAGAAACGAUGGAAGUUUUUCAGGAAGUGAACGGCUUCAAACGAUUGCAGCUAGCAUAUGCGCUCCUACAGAAGGAGAGGCAGGUUCUAGAAGCACAAGUUCGGAUUCGUUCAAGUGUCGAGGAGACAGUUCAGAAGCAACAAAAGGAGUUCUACCUGCGGGAACAAAUGAUUAUGGCAGUUGAUGCAGAUUUCACCUAGCGUGAAGAUUCAGCAGCGGCGCCCUAUCCUAUCCUGUCCUAUACUAUCCUAUCCUAUCCUAUACUAUACUAUCCUAUCCUAUCCUAUCCUAUCCUAUUAUCCUAUGCAGAUGCACUUGUUGUUGAGAAGAUGUCACUGCUUUUAGUCAUGACUUCUAGUAAGUUCUCAAUUAUGGUUCAUUCAGGAGCACAUGAAGAAGACCAGCAUGCACUAGGACCGGAAGACGUGAUGUAGUUUUUGUUGAAAUUUAAGUAAUCACCCUUCGAUAAAUUGUCUUCUAUUGCCUUGUUCCUUCUCUCAGUCAUGACAGUCACAUUUACAAACAAGCUUUCAAUUAGCAAGACCUGUGAUGAUAAGUAUCUUGCUGCUACCUUGGGUCGUAUAUGGUUCUCAUCCUGCUCUUCUGUCCUCCCCUCUCCUUCUCCCCUUUCAUGUCGCAAGUGAUAAAAAAAGAGCUUGGUCUGGAGAAGGAUGACCGAGACGCCCUCGUGCACAAAUUCAAGACUCGGAUAGAGAAAGAAAUCAAGGGAGAAAUUCCUACAGAGGUAAAGGAAGUCCUAGACCAGGAAAUGGAGAAACUACAGUACCUCGACAAGAAUUUAUGCGCCACAAAUAGAUCGUAAUAUUUAGGGUCCGAGAGUAGAUCUAUCGUUACCUCAAGUUGAGCAUGCUAAUAUUUAAGGUCUUGCUCCUCGAUCUUGAUCUUCCUAAAGAACUAAUAGCGUGCCCUUUUUUACUCCUCCUCCCUAGAUAGGAAGAAGAAGAUAGGCAUAGAAGCACAGAACGGGCGGGGAUCCUGUUAGGCAAAUCUUCUUCUUCUUCUUCUUACGUACCCAUGAUAAUAUCUCUAAGAAAGAGCAGUGAAUUCCAAGUUGCGCGCAACUAUCUCGAUUGGCUCACGGCGCUCCCUUAUGGGGCUCAGUCUGAGGAAAACUUCAAUUUAAAGAAGGCGCGGCACGUCCUUGAUCGGGAUCAUUACGGGCUAACCGACGUCAAAGAGCGCAUUCUGGAGUUCAUCGGUGUGGGAAAGCUCAAAGGCAGCGUUCAAGGGAAAAUUAUCUGGUAUCUAUAGACUCAAGUUGGCACUUCCUUGUGUGCUUGUGGUCUCUUUUGCUGCGUGUCGAUGCGCUUUGUGUAAAUCCAAGAAGGGCGGCUCCGUGCUAUUUCGAUCGCAUCAGAAGGGGGAGAGAGCUGAGAACCCCGCGCCCCCUAGGACGUGCGCCCCGCAGCGUGCUGGCCUACGCCUCGGCGAACCCGGGUCCCCGAUCCCUGCCUUGUGCGUCGAGGAGCAGGACGCGCCCGAAGGGAGUCAGACUGGCGCCCCUACAGGGCCGAGUGCGAGGGUGAGCCGAAGGGGGCAAAGGAAGACCCGAAAAGCGCGCACGCGCCGCAGCGAGCGGCGCGCGAGGGAGGAGAGAGAAGGGAACCACCGAUACCAGCCCCCGAAGCAAGUUCCGCGCUAGCCGGGGCGGGUGGCUCUUCGGGUUACACGGGGGAGGACGCCUGGGGCGCAGCCAGAGGGCCCCCGCCUUCCAGAGGGAAGGCCUUCAAGGAAGCCCGGGGCGACGGGGCUUGGAGUAUUUGAGGAGGCAGCGGGCGGGCUGGCGAGAUAGUUGACUGCACUUCGGGAGAGGGGCGGAACGAACCGCAGCGGCAGCCCUCGUCUCCCCAGGAAGCCCGUCGAGGCUGCUGGGUGUCCCGGAAGUUUUGGCGGGAUGGAUGUGACAUGGUCUGAGGGUCUUGCGCUUUUCUUAUCACUUAUGCAGAGGGGCGCCCUCUUCGUCUUCUGGCGCUAGCUGGCGCCUGGGGUGGGUAUCUGGCUCCCAGCGAGCCAGCUCGUCGCGACAUUUCUGCAAGGACUUUCUGCCGCGCGCGUGUGCGCGGUCGGGUUUCAUUCUCCGGACCCUCAAAGAGCAAAAGCCAGCGGGAAGCGUGGAAAGGAAGCCGAGCGAGGGUGUUGGGCGAAUAGGAUAGCAGCCGACACGCAAGGGCCUGAUUGGAGACAUGUGAAGGGUUUACCUCUGUGGCCUCUAUGCAGAGGGCUUCAGCUAACCACCUGCCGGACAUUAUGCCGCUGGGCUUGGGCUUACUUAGGAGUAGGAAGCACGAGCACCACGACCACCCGUCGCGCGGCCGCUCUGACCCAGCGCACCACCAGCGCCCAGCAGGAGAAAAAGAAGAAGAAAAACGAAAAGGGGAGGCUGGGGGACGGGGCUAGCCCGCAAAAGUGUAAACAAGCAGCCGGGCCGCGUCCCCCCGCAAAAGAAGUAGACCCCUCUAUCUUUCUGGUGUCGGUCCUGGCUUCUAGUCAGGUUAGUCGGAGGGCUUCUUGGGGGGGGCGAGGGCUCCAAAGGCUUAAGGCCAGCGACGCAUAACUGGGGCCAUUUGAUAGGCAGGGUGGCCACCUUACUGGCCGCCAGCUGGCUUGGUCGUGUUUCUGUUAACUUCCUAGGAGUUGCAGUUUGUUGCCUGGGGUGGGAUAGGCUUCCAUUUCUUCCCUCCUUUUUCUCCUUCUUCUUAGUUUUUUUAGAAUCAAAUCAUUAGUAGUUACUACGUACUUCCAACUACGAAUGUUCCGAUAUUGUAAUAACUCCAUACUAAAGACCAUAAUAAUUGAUCGUGCCUUAGGAGUGCCGCUGUGUGAUAUUUGUAUGGUGGGUCGAUUGCUUUCAAUUCCCGUAUGAUCCGUCCUCCAAUCAACCGCUUCAUAUCACAAAUUCUUACACAGCCUUGUCGGCCCUCCUGGUACGGGAAAGACGUCGAUAGGAAAGUCUAUCGCGGAAAGCCUCAAUCGUGAAUUUUUCCGGUUCUCAGUGGGCGGAUUGCAUGAUGUAGCCGAAAUCAAGGGUCAUCGACGAACCUACAUCGGCGCAAUGCCCGGAAAGCUUAUCCAGUGCCUCAAGCAGACGAAAGUGAACAACCCCUUAAUUCUCAUAUUAUGAGAAAUCAUUCCCGUGUCAGUGUCAGUCGUUGUCGUUGAUAGAAGAAGAAGUUCACUUACUUCAUUUUGGUAAGUACUAGCAAGUACUCGCUUCUACUUACUGUUACUGAAUCUACGCAUCUCAAAGAGUCGUUUCUAAACCUUCUGUUUCCACGACGAGUCUUUGCCUACUUACUUCCGCACCAUCCAUCACAAGCAUUCAGUCAUAUUGCCUUUACUCAUCUAAUCUCCGACGAAAUCGAUAAGCUUGGGCGUGGAGGAAUGCAUGGCGACCCGGCAUCGGCGUUACUCGAAGUCCUAGACCCUUCCCAAAAUAAGGGCUUCGUGGACCAUUUUUUGGAUGUUCCAGUUGUUAAGGCUUUCUGAUAAUUUUCUGAGUUCUCGUCAUUCUCAGUUACGAGCACUCGUGGUCUAUGUGUUCGGGUUCAGUCACUGACUUUGUUCUAGCCCCUGAAGUUGAUACAGUGCAAGCAUCAUAUUGUACUCCUUUUGCUUCCAUCUUGCAUACUCUCUAAUCUUCAUUUUUCACAAGUUCUUUUCCUCUGCACGGCGAACGUCCUGGAUACAAUACCUGAACCCUUGCUGGAUCGCAUGGAAGUUGUUCGUUAAGGCUGUGAAAUACCUUCACCCGGUUUUUUAUUCGACCUUCUUGCUCAGUCUAUGCGUCGAGUAUCAUGAAGCUGCGACAGAGGUCCAUCCACCUUUCUGUUGUACUCUAGCCUCGGUUUAUCUUCUAGCGAUUCAAAACGCGAGGAGAGCAACCCCCCCCCCCAAGACCUCCCCAAUGAAUCCAGAACCCCAUUUCCGCCAUCCAACCACAACAUCUAAGUCCCAUUAAGUGGCUACGACCUUCCUGAAAAGACGCGAAUUGCGCAAGACUACCUUAUUCCUAAGGUGAUGGAGCAGUCUGGGUUAAUUGGGGUAGAUGAGAAGAGUUUUAUAGGCGACGACGCGAUCGAUAGUAUGAUACGUUGGUACUGCAGAGAAGCAGGAGUCCGAAAUUUGCAGAAACAGAUAGAAAAGCUGUGUCGCAAGCGAGCCUUCCAAAGAGCAGAAAUAAAAGAUCAAGCGGAGCAGGAGAAAGAAGAGAAUUAUGGUUCUUGGGUGGGAGAGGGACUUGAUGAGUAGACGUAGUUAGUAUGUACUGAGCAUUUUACAUGAGUGAUGGUACGUACAAUUACUUAUGGAAGACUUCUGGUUGAUUUAACACUGUGCGAUUAUAAUAUCGUGAACAGCACCACAAAAACUUGAUGCCUCUAAGAAACGGAGAAAGCUGAGAAAGAGAAGGAGGGGAAGGAAGCCACUACAGAGGCAGACGACGCAUCUUCCUCAUCAACGGCAACCGACGACGCUUCUUCCACAACAACUACAUCAGAAUCAACUACAUCAGAAUCUCCAUCGUCAUCUAGUACCCCUAGUAGUGCAACGGGAGCUCGUCCUGCAGUGGACACGGACAAACAAGACGAGCAAGUUGCUUCAACAGAGACCACAGGAGAGACACAGGAUACUCCUUCUAGCGAAGCCUCUUCUUCUUCUACCAAGGGAGACUCCUCUUCUAGCAAGGGGGACUCAAAAAAGCCAGAAGAUCCCUUGCCGCAGAUAACUGCAGAUAAUCUAGCUGACUAUCUCGGCAAGCAGUUGUAUACGUCUGACAAGUUAUUUGCGGAUCAACCACCAGCCGGUGUGGUUAUGGGCUUAGCAUGGACUUCACUGGGCGGAUCUACGUUAUACAUCGAGACAAAGGCCAUCGAGACCAGUUUACCUUUAUGAUGUUUUCAUCACGCUGUUUCAUCUUUCUCCCUCUUGUUGACUCAACUGCACUAGACUCAGUGAAGUACUAUGAUCCCACAAGCUACUGAACUACAUCUUGAUAAUCAAAUUCUGUUCCUUUAUGAUAUUCUGUUGGAGUACUCAAGUCACAAAGAACAGGUUACCUUUAUGAUGUUCUGGUGGAAGUACUCAGGUCGCUUAAGCUGGUUUCUGCAACUGAUUCAGAUUGUACUUACUUAUUUUCGAAUAAUUUAUAGAACGGAUGCCUUUCCCAUUAAUAAUCAAACGGAUUCUUUCUUACUACCUUUCCCAUUAAUAAUCAAAUGGGGUUUAUAGAACGGAUGUAGGAUGGAUCGGAUGGACCCACCUAAAUCUUCCGAUCCCACUUGAAAUGGUGGGAAGUCCAUCCGUUCCAUCCGAUCCAUCCCAUCCUGGAUCUGCCACCCCUAUCAGUUAUUAUUCUAUUGUUUAGUACCUUAUUUACAACUGAAGCUUCAGCUAGCAGGCUGAUUCUAGAGCUUCUAAUUCCUGGACAAGCUACCGACUCGGGUGGUCGGGGUACACUGAAUGUGACUGGCCGUUUGGGCGAUGUAAUGCAGGAAAGCACGAAGAUUAGCAUGGUCGUCGCGAAGAAAUUCCAUCCAGCAGUCGUAUCCUUCGCACGCAGACACGACAUCUUCCUGCACGUCCCAGAAGGAGCAACGCCAAAGGACGGCCCCUCCGCAGGAGUAACAAUGACGACUGCUCUGAUCUCGCUGGCCCUGGACAAGCCAGUGCUUCCAGAUGUGGCGAUGACCGGAGAAGUGAGUCUCACGGGAAUGGUAUUGGCAGUAGGUGGCAUUAAAGAGAAAACCAUUGCUGCGCGUAGGUCCAGUUGCACCACACUGAUUUUUCCAGACGGAAAUAAGCGAGACGUGGAUGCUCUGCCGAGCUACCUCAAGGAAGGAAUCGCGAUACAUUUUAUGAGACUGAGGGCUCUUUAUUUUCCUUGGUUGAGACAGGAGAGUGCUAGAAAUGUAUUUCUGUAACAUAUAGCAUCAGAGUAGUUGUAGCAGGAGACGUAUGAUACAUGCCACUAGAGAAAGCACAUCCAUCUCCUGGCUAGAAAAGUUUUUCCUCUAGCGACACUACGCAGAGAUGAAAUGUAUUUUUUCUAACCUCCACGCGAAGACAUACGAGGAUGUCUGGCGUGUCGCUUUUGGAGAAACAGAGUUGCCAGCUGCGCAAACCGCCACAGAGAGCACUACAACCACGACUACAUCAACAUCCUCGGCUGACAGUACUAGUACGACAGCAGCAGCAGCAGCUACGACAAGUGGGGCGGGAGCUUAGAAGCUUGACGCCGGCUUAAGAAUGGGAAGCGCGGAACAGCUUGGAAGCUUGCCGAUCGGCGUUCUCUGAAAACCAAAGGAUGGUCGCAGAUCCGGUCUGAUGUACUUAAAAUAUAGCGAGAAUACUAGAAACAUGAACAUCACCAUAUUUGAAGAAAACCACGCAGUUUUCACAUACUUACGCAAUCCACCCAUGUAGGAACUCUGAAUCAAAAUCAAAUCGAUGACGUAAUACUACAUUUCCGCAAUUAGAAAUAAGUAGAAUCAUCUAUAACUAGGCGUCAUAGCUUGAUGUGAAUUUUUUCAAAUUCUCGCGAAUUAUAAUGGUUGUGGCAUAAGCGGUUCUGUGGGGAGUCGAACUGCUACAUCCCAGAAACCGUGCUGUGGCGAGAUUUUAGGGGCCAUCAGGUACAUCUUAGGCACCUUGCCGAAUAGAUUCAAAUCGUCAGCGCCUAGUUUACAU